AUGGCCACCGCACGCGCGGGAUUUGAGGCCAGAGGAGGGGUGGGCGAUGAGCGCCUCGAGAGUGACACCUAUUGUUGCCUUGUGAUAUCAUCCUCGCGCUAUCCCUUGCGCCCGCACUCCCUGCCACGGAUACCGCUGACAACUGACCGCGUACCCCGACAUAGCGCGCGCCGCGUCCGGCUUGCUGGCGUAUGCGCGCACACUACCACCUCGCGCUACGCUCCCGUACCACCAACGUCCUCUCUGCAUGACUUGCGCGGGGCAUGUUCAGAAACACAAGAGCCAGAGCCAGAGCUCGAGGAUGAUAACUUGGCGGCAGAUGGCACCUUGUCCGCACGUGGCGGGAAUGCAUUCGAAUCCAAGAUCUGGAUACGGUCAUUUGUGUGGGUGAGCAGGGGGCAGCGGCGAGUAAGGAGGCUAACGUCUGGCGAGAGGGCGCAUGGCGGCAUGUACGACCACGAGAGGCUUAGGGUGCGAGGCCAGCGCCAGGUGCUGCGCAGCCAGUCCGGGGUAGAUGAGAGAGUCAUCAAAAUGCCGUAUUCGGCCAGGCGAGCGCCGGGUCGGAUAGCGUGGCAAGGUUACUUUGCUGGUGCUAGUCAUGCUCGGCCCGGUGUCUUAGCUGUCUGGCGACACGCUUCUACCUCCUCCGCCUCUGUCGGCUCUUCAGCCACAUCGCAAAUGCCCAUUCCUCCGAAAUUCCGUUUCAGUGCACCCGCUGCCAACCCAGAGCCAGACGCAGACGCAGACGCAGAUGACCAGAAGGCCAGCGCACUCUUGACAAAGGCCGUCGUCAUGAGUGAGGUACCGUCAGAUGAGGAAGACAAUGGCACGGACGACUGGGUCGAGGAGGAUGUCAGUCAUGUACAGUCUUCGCAUGGCGGUGUACCACCCUACUCAUCACGGCACGGCUCGCCCCUCCUCAGCGCGUCUGCGCGACGCGAUCACUUUGACCUCAGUAAUGUUACAACCUUCAUCCCGCCAGACUGGGGCGAGGAUGCCAAUGUCUUCGCUCCCGGGCUCUCGCUGCGGGGCACGGGGAGCACCGCCAGGCAUUGCGUGCGCAUUGGUCAUUCAGCCGUGCGCAAUGUUCUGCUUAACAUGCGCUUCGAGGCAGCGACGAUGGCAUGA